AUGGUUUUUCAAAGGACAAUUGGUACGCGUUCGGCUUUUACACUGAGCCUCCCAACUGGCGAGAGCGGACAAAGAACCGAUGGGCAGUAUGAAGGAAGUGAGGAGUAUGCGGAAUAUUCAACCGCCGACACUAGCAGAGAGUCGUCGCUGGACACUGGCAGAACAUCGGAUACGUCCCAGGACUUCUCAUCGUUUAAGAAUCUCAGUCAGAUCUCGGAGCAUACCACGAUGCGCCCGCGUGACGAUGAUGUGGCCUGGAUGGACGCUGUGCGACAGUACCAUCAGAAUGAGCCUGUCUUCCGUAAAAAACCCUUCGUAUGCAUCAACAUUCACAGAAACGAACACCGCUUCAUCAUGCACUUUACUGUUUUAUUCCGAGUUCAGUAG